AUGUUAGGCUCAAUAAAACUUGUUUUAUUAUUAGGUAUAAUUUAUUUAUGUAAAGCCGCUGAAGAAGAUGUCUUAGAACUUACAGAUUCAGAUUUUUCUUCGGUGAUUUCCCAAUAUGAUACCGCACUUGUCAUGUUUUAUGCACCCUGGUGUGGUCAUUGUAAGAGACUUAAACCGGAAUAUGCACAAGCCGCCGGCGUGCUGAAAAACGACGAUACCCCAGUGACGCUCGCUAAAGUAGAUUGUACAGAAGGAGGAAAGAGUACUUGUGAAAAGUUCUCCGUGUCCGGCUACCCUACUCUCAAAAUCUUCAGAAAAGGCGAACUAUCCCAAGAAUACAAUGGGCCUAGAGAGUCAAAUGGCAUUAUCAAGUACAUGCGUGCACAAGUGGGACCCAGCUCUAAGGACCUGUUGACGGUAGCUGAAUAUGAAGCAUUUAUCUCCAAGGAUGAUGUUGUUGUUGUUGGUUUCUUUGAAAAGGAGACAGAUCUCAAAGGAGAAUUCCUCAAGACAGCUGACAAAAUGCGUGAAGAAGUUACCUUUGGCCACUCUUCUGCUAAGGAAGUGCUAGAAAAAACAGGUUUCAAGGACAAUGUGGUCCUAUACCGUCCCAAACGCUUACAGAACAAGUUUGAAGAAUCUUCUGUUGUAUACAAAGGUGACACCGACACAUACUCUCUCAAGGCUUUCAUUAAGGAGAACUACCACGGUUUAGUUGGUGUGCGUCAAAAGGAAAAUAUGCAGGACUUCACCAACCCUCUUGUUGUGGUCUACUAUGAUGUUGAUUAUGUUAAAAACCCCAAGGGAACCAAUUACUGGAGGAACCGUGUUUUGAAGGUAGCAAAGGAGAUGACCGAAGCCAACUUCGCGAUCAGCGACAAGGAUGAUUUCACACAUGAGCUGAACGAGUACGGCAUGGACUUCGUCAAAGGCGACAAGCCCGUAGUCGCAGGCCGAGACAGUGAUGGCAAUAAAUAUGUCAUGAGCACUGAAUUCAGCAUUGAAAACCUACUCGCCUUCACCAAGGACCUUUUGGACGGCAAAUUGGAACCUUUCAUCAAAUCUGAGGCAGUGCCUGAAAACAAUGAUGGACCAGUGAAAGUAGCUGUUGGCAAAAACUUUAAAGAGCUAGUGACUGACAGUGGAAAGGAUGCAUUAGUUGAAUUCUAUGCCCCCUGGUGUGGACAUUGCCAGAAGUUAGCUCCUGUGUGGGAUGAACUUGGUGAAAAGCUCAAGAAUGAGGAUGUCGACAUAAUCAAGAUCGACGCCACAGCCAACGACUGGCCUAAGUCGCUCUAUGACGUAUCUGGUUUCCCGACAAUUUUCUGGAAGCCUAAGGACACUAACAAGAAGCCUGUCAGAUACAAUGGUGGGCGCGCAUUAGAUGAUUUCAUCAAAUACGUAUCAGAGCACGCAAGCAGCGAGCUCAAAGGCUGGGACAGAAAGGGCAAUGCCAAGAAGGAUGAGUUGUAG